UCCUCUUCCUCCUCCUCCUCGCUUUCUCUCACUUCGCCGCCACUCCCACUCUCCUCUCUCUCUCCUCUGGAGACUUGCAGCUAGAUUCGAUUCUGCUCCUGCUGCGCCGCCGCCCUGCUCCGGGAACCGAGCCGCGCGCCGGUGGUGGUGGUGUGGGUGCUGCGUGUGGGGGCACGCGCGGCAUCGCUCUCUCGCUGGCCUGUGCUGUGGCUAGAUCUGCGACGCGCGCGCGGUGGUGGUGGGUCAGUGGGUGUAGUGAUCUGCCUGCGGGGGGGCACGGUGGCCGGCUGAUGCUGCGGUAACUCUCGAGGCGAGCGACGCGGGGGUCGAUGGCGCCCUGGGGAUGCUUCCGGAGGGGGGCUCCGGCGCCGGUCGUGCUGAGGCUGAUGCUGCUGCUGCUGAUCGCCGCGGCGGCAUUGCCCCGGCGGGCGCUCGCGGCCACCGCUGCCGCCGAUGUUGCUGCUAUAAAUGGACUGUAUAUUGCACUUGGAUCACCUGCUCUUCCUAAAUGGACUGCCAAUGGUGGUGACCCCUGCGGUGAUGGUUGGCAGGGCGUUGUAUGUAUUGGCUCAAAUAUAGAUUCAAUAAUUUUCAAUGCUGCAAAUUUGGAAGGACAGUUAGGCAGCCUGGGGAACUUCACUUCAAUAACCACUAUAAAUCUUAGCAACAAUAAUAUUGGUGGAACUAUACCAGAAGAUCUACCUGUUACACUGCAACAUUUUUUUAUGUCUGAUAACCAGCUCACUGGAAGCAUUCCGACGUCACUAUCAAAGCUUCAGAGUUUAACAGACAUGUCUCUAAAUGAUAAUCAUCUGGACGGGAAACUGCCAGAUGCUUUUGAUUCACUUACUGGCCUUGUAAAUCUUGAUAUUUCAUCCAAUAACUUCAGUGGUCCAUUACCAACUUCGUUGGGGAGCCUGUCAUCGUUGACUACAUUGCACAUUCAAAACAAUCAGCUCUCUGGAACCCUUGAUGUCUUGCAGGAUCUCCCCCUCAAAGAUUUAAAUAUAGAGAAUAAUCUGUUUUCUGGACCGGUUCCUCCAAAGCUGCUGAAUGUGCCAAACUUCAAAAAGGAUGGGAACCCAUUUAAUUCAAGCAUAGCUCCUUCUGCAUCACCGUCUUCAACACCUACAGGCUCUACACCAACACAAACGCCAUCAUCACCUUCCUCUCCUUCAGGAACACCUUCAGCAUCUAAUUCGCCCUCUAACUCUUCUGGUGGAUCUACUGCUCGAGACAGCAGCUCUCCAUCAUCCAGGAAACAUAAGUCUUCAACCCUCAGGACUGUUGGAUAUGUUCUUCUAGCUAUUGUUCUGUUUAUAGUUACAGUGCUGCUGGUAAUAUUUUGCCUAUCCAAGUACCAAGAGAGACAGUCAAGACGUGAUUAUACAACAAGUCAGGUGGGGAGGGUUCAUCAGAGGGUUGAAGAGCCAAAAGUUAAGCAAGCUUCAGUACAGUCAAGGAAUGAUGCUAAAAAAGGCUCAACAGAGGUUCCUGAUCGGAGGCAGGUUCGUGAAAUAAAUUUGGCAGUACCAGCUGCUCUUGAGAAGCCUCCUGAAAAAAGAAAGGAACAUGCAAUUAAUUUGGAGCGAUCAGAGUCAGAAAUUUUUGCUUCUGCACCUCCGCCGCCACCGCCACCACCACCACCUCCUCCUCCGCCGCCACCAGGCCCACCACCUCCGCCACGGACGCCGCCGCCACCACCACCACCUGUUGAAAAAGUGAUUGUAAAUCCCAUUGUUAAGCCAGAGAAAAGAGUUAGUACUCCACCUAGGACAGGUCCCUCGACAUCUGCAACAUCUUUUUCUGUCGCGUCACUUCAGCAAUAUACAAAUAGUUUUGAAGAGGGAAAUUUGAUAAGAGAGAGUAGGUUGGGGAAAGUAUAUCUGGCAGAACUUCCUGAAGGCAGGUUCUUGGAAGUUAUGAAGAUUGAUAACGCCAAUGAUAGAAUACCAGUAGAUGAAUUUCUAGAACUGGUUGCACGUGUAUCAGAUAUUAGGCACCCCAAUAUCCUUGAGCUUGUUGGAUACUGUGCAGAAUAUGGUCAACGGUUACUUGUUUAUAAUCAUUUCAGUCGAAAAACACUGCAUGAUGUAUUACAUGAAGGGGAGGAAUUGGAUGGCGCACUAUCAUGGAAUGCUCGCCUCCAGGUUGCUCUAGGUGCAGCAAAGGCCUUAGAGUAUCUCCAUGACAAGUGUGAACCUCCAGUAGUGCACCAGAAUUUUGAACCAGCCAAUGUGCUUCUUGGUAAUGGAUUUUUAGUACGUGUUGCUGAAUGUGGACUGGCAGAAUUGAUGCUGUCAGGUUCUGUUACACAGUUGUCAGGUCGCAUGAGGGCACUCCUGAAUUAUGAAGCGCCUGAAAUCCAUGAAGCUGGGACUCUUACGGACCGAAGUGAUGUUUACAGUUUCGGCGUGGUAAUGCUAGAACUGCUCACUGGCCGUAAACCAUAUGACAGUUCUCGUCCACGUGCUGAACAACAUCUUGUUAGAUGGGCUGAUUCUCAACUUCAUGACAUUGAGUCCCUGUCAAAGAUGGUUGAUCCUUCUAUUAAAGGAGAGUGUUCUGAGAAAGUACUGUCACGUUUUGCAGACAUCAUCAGUUGUUGUAUCCGGCCGGAACCAGAAUUCAGACCAUCAAUGUCAGAAAUUGUCCAAGACCUAGCUAGGAUUGUUAGUGUUACCGGUGAGGAAUCAGAGUAACAAAGAGAUCAUGGCGGGGCCAUACAUCUAGCUAGGAAGCCAGCUCACGCAGCUAGUGAAGAUAUUCAGAGGAAACAUCUUUAGAAAUUCUGCGGAGCAUCCUUUCAGUAUUUAUAAUGGACAACAUUGUCCUGUAGUGUACAUGUUGAUUCUGGAGCGGCGUUUACCUGUUGAAAGGUGGUAGUGGUAUAGCCAGGGGAGGGGGCAUGGGCCUUCUUAUUGUGGCCAAGUAGAUUCCUGUAAUUUCUGGACAUUAUCAAAUUGCAUGUAUAUCUUAUAACCCAUUCUAAUUUUGAUCAUUUAUUUACAUCAAAACUAG